CUUAUAUAAAGUUUCGUCGCUCUUCUCUUUUGCGUUUGUAUGAAUAGUUACUGUAUUUUGCUAUUUUGAGAGUUCCUUGUGGUGUUGAACGCCCUUACUUAUCUGUUAUGCUUCACUCUCAAACCGAUACAGGCCCCAUUCACUCCGUUCAUUAUGUUCACAAGCCACAGUCAGGGGCAACUCAAGCGCACACACCUUCUGGCCGUUUAACUCAUAAUGUGGGAACUCCUUCGCUUUAUAAUAAUUUCGAAAUCUCCAACCAACACUUAGUUGAUUCUUACCCUUCUCACGGUUCUUGCCACUCACCUCACCCUUAUUCUGUCUCUACUUCCGGCUCUAUGGUAAGCACUUGCCCUUGUCCAUCUUCCAUUGUCCCUCAAGAUGGGGUGCAUCCUGGCAAGCUUUAUCCAAAUCCCCCGCAUGCGCAUGCGCAUGCACAAAGUCCGCAUCUGCAGUACUCUGCUCCAUUGCUUUAUAGAGGAUCUUUUUCGUACAGCGCAAAUCAAGAAGCCGUUGGCUCGGCUGCAUUUUCUUCUCGUUCACACUCCGGCCCUUCUCUUCAAGCUUAUUAUGGACAGCCUGCUAACUUUAUAAAAGGACAUCCGAAUUUUCCCGCGCAUCUACAUAAUUCUUUUUCGACUCCUUCCGCUCACGAAAAAUUCUGCCCUGCAGGGCCGCCCUCGCAAUUUGGGAAACCGGACGAAGUUUGCCAUCAGAAAUCUCCUCUCUAUAAACGCGUGGAUCCUUGUGAUUCUGAAAGAGUUGAUGAAAAUCGAAAAACUUUUGUCUAUCAAUUUCAGCGGGACACUAAAAAUCCAACUUUGCCGCCUUCAGAGGCAAAAAUCCCGCAAUUAAAAUUUAAAAUUUUUAUUUUGAUACUUUUGUCUUCCGUUUAUGAACUGAAAAGACAAGAACAACUAUUGAAACUUCGUGCUUAUGAUCUGCAGAUGAGAAUUCGGGCGCUACACGACGAACUUGCUUAUAUGAAGCAAAUGAGACAUACUCAUCCUCCUCGCAUUGUCAUAAAAGCGCCUCCCUUUCCUUCGUGGCUUUGGUCUCUAGUAACUUUUUACUUGAACGGAUCGCUUGUCCACGCCGCUGGUUAUAAGCUCAACGGCCCUCCUUCUCCCUGGCAUUUAUUGAAUCUCCGCUUUAACAGUUCUUCCCAUGACUCUCUGGUAAAAGAUUUUGCUAGACGGGAAAAGCAGCCAAGCUUUUCUGACACGCCUUCGUCGCAAAAAGGAUUAUACUUCUUCCGCUCACGCUAUCGACUGGCUGACUCACAAUAUGACUUGAGAGAAUCGGAUUCACAAGAAAAAGAAACUCCGCCACCGUGUGGUCAGCCCACCAACCAGCACGCAUACUCUUCCAUUCCGUCCCCUCCAGCGCAGUGGACGACCGAAGAAGCUGCAGGAGGGACUAAUAACCGAGCUGAAGAGACGUCUGCGCAGGGCAGUGUCCGGGUGGACGAGAGCACACAGCAAGCAGAAAGCGCGCCAACGGACACUCCCCUUUCAUGUGCUGAGCAACGGCAGAACGGAGAAGAGCAGCCUAGCCGGUGCAUUGGCCAGUGCCUCCCGCCGCCUGCGCACAGGGAGGACACUCGACACGUCUCCACGACCCCAAUAGAAAAAAAAGAUUGUGUGGAAGUGGCAGACAUAAACGAAGUCAGUGAUCCCGAAUCUGACGAUGAAACUUUGGUAAUCAACGACCACGAGGAAAGUGAAAGCGAAUAGUGACGUGUCUUUUUAUGGAUGUGCCCUUCCUCAUUUUUUCGUUGCGACACCUUCAAGAAAUUACGGAAUGUUGGGAACAAUCAAAUGACGAU